AUGGAUAAAGAUUUUCAUUUCGAAUUGAAAAACGCACCCAUCCACCCACCUAAUUUCGAAACAACACAUCAUUUAAAAGUGGAACGUUUGAACAUUGCAAAAUUUUGUAUCGUCCAAUUUAAUGAAAAAUUAAUGAAUGGAAAAAUGUCAAGCGAAAGAUGGGAUCGAAUGGAAAUUUGA